AUGAAUAGAUCGGACAUUUCCGGAAAUCUCACGAAACUGUUGGAAGAAAAUGAUACUUCAACAGAUUUUGUUUUACAACCUCCUCCGAUGUCUGACUACAUACUGAUUCCUGCCGGGGUUUUUAUGAUGAUAGAGAACGUAAUCUCUAUAGGCCUAUUGUAUAUCAGCACCCGCCUCAGUUUCCAAAUCAGGAUAAUGUCUUUGAACUUGGCUUUAUCCGAUUUUUUGACGGGACUUUUCAUAAGUAUACCAAACACAAUGCUUUAUGAGAAGUAUCACUGUGAUAUCAAAAAGUACCUGGGGUUCCUCUUCACCACCGUAUCGCUGUUUAUCAUUACCAUGAUGAACUUGGAUCGUUGCUGUGUUUUCGCUUUGGCAAUGCGAUACUACUCUUUCAUCACGAAGAAACUGAUGAUAAAAAUUUCAGUUAUCCUAUGGCUGCUAGGCCUGAUCAUGAUUUAUGGCCUAUUCUUUGAUUUUGAAGCGAAAUACGGAAUCUCUUGCUUCGUCAUGGCCUUCGUGAAGAGAAAUGUAGUGACAUUAAUUUUCAAAGUUAUUCUUUUAAUUAUCGUGGCUUUCAAUCUCGUCAUGUUUGUUUACUUGAUUUACCAAAUCCGACUAAGGAUGGGAAGAACUAGGGACAACAAAAACAUUGUCCAGUCAGCUGUGUUUGCCCGAGAGCAAACAAGGAUUGCAAGAAAAAUCUCCAUCAUCACAGGCGUCUUUCUGAUGGCAUUUUUUUCCUUUUAUGACCAUUUAUACAUUUCCUUUUGA